CAGAGAUCAGCUGACUCCGAGUGCAGCUGCGGGGAAAGACGCCACUGUCACAGCAACCUCAUGAACAGCGCGAGCUCUUUAUUUUAAAUCGCAGCAGUUAUUAUUAUUACUAUUAUUAUUUUUUAAAUUAACAUAACGCAGUAUGGUUUAUUAAAGUGACGCCUCUAAUCAAAGUGACGGUAUGUACAUCUAAAGAAGUAUCAGCACUCAGAUCUUUGCAGUUGAAUGUAUAGUGGCUUGGUGUACUGUCUGAAGAGGAGUCAUGGCAGAGUUCUGGUUGAUAUCCGCUCCCGGUGAGAAGAUGUGUCAGCAGACAUGGGAGAGGAUGAAUGCAGCCACCACUCGCACCAACAAUCUGUCCACCAACCACAAGUUCUCUAUUCCAGACCUCAAGGUAGGAACCCUGGAUGUGCUUGUAGGUCUGUCAGAUGAGCUCGCCAAACUGGACUCAUUUGUGGAAAGUGUGGUGAAGAAAGUAGCCCACUACAUGGCUGACGUUUUAGAGGAUAGUAGAGAUAAAGUCCUGGAAAAUCUUUUAGCCAACGGAGUUGAUUUGGUGACCUACAUCACAAGGUUCCAGUGGGAUAUGGCCAAGUAUCCAAUCAAACAGUCCCUGAAGAAUAUCUCAGAAAUCAUCUCGAAGCAAGUGACUCAGAUAGAUAAUGAUCUGAAAGCCAGAGCUUCAGCUUACAAUAAUAUAAAAGGCAACCUGCAGAACCUGGAGAGAAAGAAUGCGGGGAGUCUUCAGACAAGGAGUUUGGCUGACCUUGUGAAGAAAGAGGAUUUCGUGCUGGACUCGGAAUAUCUUACUACUCUGCUUGUAGUCGUUCCAAAAACAAGUUAUGCUGACUGGGAGAAGUCGUAUGAAACCCUCUCUGAAAUGGUGGUUCCACGAUCUUCAAAUCUGCUUUUUGAAGACCAGGACAGUGGGCUCUUCAGCGUCACUCUCUUUCAAAAGGCGAUAGAUGACUUCAGACUCAAGGCCAGGGAAAAUAAGUUCGUUGUGCGUGACUUCCAGUACAACGAAGAUGAGCUGAAGGCCAACAAAGAGGAGAUGACUCGGCUCUCUACAGACAAGAAAAAGCAGUUUGGCCCACUGGUACGAUGGUUGAAGGUGAAUUUUAGUGAAGCAUUCAUCGCAUGGAUCCACAUCAAGGCUCUCCGGGUUUUUACCGAAUCAGUUUUGAGGUAUGGAUUGCCAGUCAACUUCCAGGCUAUGCUUUUGCAACCCAAUAAGAAAAACAUGAAGAAGCUGCGUGAGGUCCUCCAUGAGCUUUACAAGCAUCUGGACAGCAGUGCUGUAAUUAUUGAUGCCUCUAUGGACAUCCCUGGUCUGAACCUGAGCCAGCAGGAAUAUUACCCCUAUGUUUAUUACAAGAUUGACUGCAGUCUUCUUGAUUUUAAAUAAAGCCACACCAUCAUGUUUUAAUUCACAGAACUGGGAAUUUCAUGUUCAGGGGAAUGAUUCCGAGCUUUUGAGCUAAGUGUGAUUUUUUUCCAUAUUUACUUUGAUAUUUGGGGUUUAAUUUAGUAAUUUUAUACAAGAGUAUAAGGUUUAUUGUGGAGAUUGGUGCUAUCAAUAUUAAAGUCUUAAAACUGUGUCUAUGUUGCAACUUUGAUUGACUCUUAUCUAAGUGAUGCAUGUCUUUUUAAAUGCCACAUUGCCAACUCGGCUUUAACACUGGCAGCAAUUUUUGAAAACCCAUUUUUGAAACCACGUUUCAAACAGACAGUUAAACAGAGAAUUGUAUUAAGUUUUGAAACUUUCUUAAGGUUUAGGAAAUAACUAAAUGGACUCAACUGUAGUAAAAGUGCAAUUACUGUGGAUAAAAAAAAUCUGUUGGAUCAAAAAUACUAAACCAUUCCCUUAAUUCAUUAAUCAUAUUUUCUCUUUGUUCACUGUACCUUUCCUUCCAUCUAUCUCAUAGUCAAAUGAUAAUUAUUGAGUCCAGAGUUUUGGCCAUGUUCUUGCUUAUGUGUUGUGUUUCAUUACAUACUCAUUUUUACACUGGAAAAAUCUCAGCAUUAGCAUUAAUGCCAUGUGUUUUGUCUAACCCUAACCCACAGAAUUCCACAAUUCUCUAUAAAGGUGCUAUUUUGGUCAGGCUUUAAGUCAUCGUAUGGCCAAUUGUGAUUCCUGCUUUAUCCACACACAGAUGUAUGUUUAUAGAGUUAGUAAUUGUGGUUGUGUUUCAUUUUGUUGUUGGGAGACUUACUGUAUUUGUCAUUUUUGAGAUUUGAAUGAAAAUGUGCUUGAUAAUUAUAAUGUGUUUUAGUGAAAUACCAAUAAAUGUGUAUAAACAA